AUGGUCUACACCAUAAAAAUUUGGACCGAUGGCGGCUGCAGAAACCAUGGAACACCAAAUGCAAUCGGAGCUUCUGCCGCCGUUUUUGAAACAGGACCCGGUGUCUACAUGUCCUGGACGAGGUCGCUACCCUCUCAUCCUCCCCCAACAAGCCAGCGUGCUGAAAUCGACGCCAUUAACCUAGCACUGGACCAAGCCCUGGUGUUUUAUGAAGAGCUUCCCAGCUACACAAGGCUUGAUGUGACAAUUUAUUCCGAUUCAAGAUACGUGGUUGGCUGUAUGACCCAAUGGAUUCCCAGGUUCAUCAAUAAUGGCUGGCGAAAUUCUGCUGGCAGGCCUGUUGCGAAUCGAGAUCUCCUAGAGGAGGCUUGGUAUCUGAACAAUGAAUUGAGACAGCGGGGAUAUGUGGAGUAUCGCUGGUUCCCGAGGGAGCAAAACCAGGUUGCGGACGGGUUGUGCGAUGAAGAAAUGGACAACCACAGCCACUGGCAGUAUGGCAGAUAUUAG